AAACCAAACCCUAUUUGAGACCAAAAUGGCCAAAAUCGAUACCCUAUAAUUUCUGACCACUGACGGCUAAAUAAACCAUACCCUUUGGGGCCGCACAUGCUUACAUGGGCCAUAUAAGGGAGUACCCCCGCCCUCCCAAGUCUUCUGAUGCCAAGAGGCAGAUAAGGCCAUAAAACAGUAACAGUAGAAAACUUACCUAAUAAGUGUAUACAAUAAAUAAUGCUCUCUAACCGGCAAAAUUGUUUCCAUUGAUAUAAACUGAGAAGUACCUUGUGUUUAUUGGUCCAUUUGUCCAACCCUGAACUUUAUAAACAUCGAAAAGGUUCUAGCAUACUCGUGACGGCAAAAACUAGCAGAAACAGAACUUAAGUUCCUAUACAAAAAGCACGCGCAUUUAUUCUGGUGAUGACUAGAACAAGACUGCGCUGUCAUCAAUGCGAUCUUUAAAGUUGAGAAGGUGGUAUAUUUUCACUCUCGAAGACGUAAUAACAACAUUCUUAUCAUAUAACAAUUGCUAUUGACAUCAUACAGUGUUACACUUCAGGGGUGCAAAUUAAUCAUUUCCCGAGAAUUUCUUCUGAUAAUUGGUUCUCAAUUCAUACAUGACUUUGAACAGGAGAUGCUUGUUUGCGUCUAUAUCGUUUUCGAAAUAAAGCCCUAGUUGUAAAGAACUUAUUUAACAGCUAAAACCGUUUAUGUGCAGCCCACCGCUUCCGUCCAGCCCCCAACAUCGCAAUCCUUUCGGUAAAAUGAGAUCAUCAGGCUUUUCGAACAGACGAGAUAUGAUCCUUCGUUAAAGGUGAAAAGGUGAAACAAAACUAUUUCUUGGUUAUCGCGUAUUACUGCGCUCCUGGUGGAUCGGCAGUUUCCAAUCCUCUGUUUGUUUGAUCCCAUUCCACAGAUAGUAAUUUAUGCACGGAUCUGGCUACCUCCGACAGCUGCUAAUCUCACCGCUGGCCAAGUGAGGAAUUUCUCCCGAGGUUUCUUCGAUAAGCCGUUUGAAGGAACUGUCACAAAUCUGCUAUACGGAACACACGAAUCCUAAAUAUCUGUUGUAACUCUGCGAAGAUUGGAUUUCUGGAGUUGUGGAUGAAUUUCUGAAGAAAAACGACUACCGAAGCGAUGAAGACACCAUCUGCUCUGGUCAAGACACUGCUAUUGAUUUUUAUCACACUCCGGAUCAUCGAAGCGCAGGUUACAAGUCGGAUAAGGUUUGGAGUAUGUCCACCAGUCCCAGAGCGAACUGACUGUCCUUCAUUGGUUUGGGAUGACUGCACUUGCGACACUGACUGCCCUGGCACGAAAAAGUGUUGUCUUAAUGGUUGCAAUUAUGCAUGCCUUGAAAGAGCCGACGGAGUAUCUGUCAGAAACAAAGCUGAUGUGGUCUUUAUAAUGGACUCGUCGGGAAGCAUUGGGCCCGAGGAUUACAAUCGCGAAAAGGAGUUCGUCAAAGAUCUCACGAAUGUGUUCCGCAUCUCUCCGACGGAGGCACGAGUCAGCACGAUCAUAUACAGCGACGACCCAAAGCUCAUGUUCGACUUUGACACUUACAACGACAAACCAAGCAUCAACACUGCCAUAGAUAACCUGGAAUAUUUAGGCAACAGAACACGCAUCGACAAAGCACUGGCACUAGCAAUGGAGAUUUUUUCCACUUCUCGUCCGUCCGUACCGAGAAUCGCUUUCGUCCUCACCGACGGAAAACAGACAGAAGACUUUGACGCGAAGCCGCUGGACGUAGCGGUCCGACCACUACACGACCUGGGAGUUCAAGUUUACGUCAUCGGAAUUGGUGUUUACAUUGACAUCAAUGAGUUGUAUCUCCUCACCAGAAGACGACAGGACGUGUUCUUUGUGGACUCUUUUGAGAAGCUUUUACAACAGACAUAUCGCAUUGUGAAUCAAAUUGACAAGUACGAUCCAAUCCCGCCUUUGGAAAUCACAGCGGACAUGUUGUUCCUGCUUGAUUCUUCAUCAGCGGUACCCAAAGCAAAUUAUGGAGAGGAACUGAGUUUCCUGCGAAAAAUCAUUGGGCAGUUCGAAAUAUCCCCUCGCUACGUCCGAGCUGGGAUAAUCCCUUAUGGAAAGACCGCAGAGCUGGCGGUGCCACUUGGUAGUCGAACGACCAACGAGGCCAUCAAUCAAUCCAUCAGCUCGCUUCCUUACAUUGGCGGCAACAAGAGAAUUGACCGAGCUUUAAAGCUGGCCUACCAGACAUUUUCUCAAGCGCGACCGCUCGUUCCGAAGAUUUUGCUCAUUUUCACUCAUGGAGGUCAACUAACAGAUCCUGGGACCGACUUAAGGCCACCUGUCCAGGCUCUUCGCGGUCAAGGUGUCAGCGUGUUUGUGAUAGCUAUUGGGGAGGGUAUCGAUUCUUCGAGGCUAAAUCAGAUUGUUGGAGGCCGUAACAUCAUCGAAGACAAAUCUCAAGAAGCAUUACAGCCAUACCUUUCAUCUGCAGCUAGUUAUAUUAGAGUGAAUUCAGACUUCUCAACUCCAUUAAGUAAAGAUACAGGUGUCGUUUUCCUGUUGGACUCUUCUGAGGAGGUAGAAACGAACGACUUCAAGAGGCAGAGAGAGUUUGCGAUAUCCUUAGCGAAGGCUUUCAAGGUUUCUGAGAGUGGAGUUCGUGCAAGCGUGAUAACAUAUGGCAAAUACAGCCGGCCAAGUGUACAAUUCAAGGACUCUACGGAUUUUGAUGAGUUUCUGGAAGCAAUUAUGAGAACCAGCCAAAUUAGAGGACCGAGAAGGAUAGACAAGGCAUUGGAAAUGGCUGUUCGCAUGUUCAGAUAUCACCGACAGCCUGCACCGAAAACUGUUAUAUUAUUCACGUCAGGUCCUCAAGCAACCGACGUUGACCAACUGAAAGGGGCUAGAGAACAGCUUGAAAAGUUGGGUACCCGAAUCUAUGUCGUUGCCAUCGGCCCUUCAGUUGUCUACCGUCAAGUUGAGGGACUGGUGAACAGUUCUAGCGAUGUCAUACAAGUUCCUUCGUUUAUUACAUUGCAGUCUGAAAUUCAUGCAGUUGGUAGGCAUGUAAGCCUUCAACAAGGUAGGCUACGUACAUUUAUCCGUGCUAGACGCUUUAACAGGAGCAGAGACUGGCACUAAGUCAAAUAGACAGAGCAAUCUCCUUUUUCCUUCUUCUUCUUUUUCUUUUUCUCUCUCUUUUUUUUUUUUUUUUCAAAGAGCGAGAGACGAAAUGAAGAUCACUCGUUUAUUCUGAUUGCAGAAUGAACAGAAGAUCAAAGCCCACUUACUUUCUUUAAGCUCGCACAGGCAGUUGACACAUCUGUUCGUUCUGUUCCUAUUGAGUUUUAGUAUAAAUCUACUAACGUUCUAUCACGAAUGCCGU